GAAGGGGCUGAGCUUCCUACAAAACAGGGCUAUGUGCGAGGAGAAAGUCCGUCAGUGCAGGGAAAACCAGCCUAGGGGGCACUUCCGAGCAAGCGGCGGAGCUGAGAGCUCGCAAAGGGGCCAGCAAGAGACAAAAGAGAAGGGAGGGCAUAAGCGAAGGAGAAGGGAGAUAGCAGGGGAUCAGCUGAGUUAACCCACGCCAGGAAGGCUCUUCCCCUCCCAGCACAUCCCCUGGAGGCGCAGGGCUCCCAGUUCCGCCGAGAAGACAAAGCAGCAGCUGGCCCCAUGGGGAAAGGGGGGGAGAAAGGAGAGGAGGCCGGGGAGCAGCUCCGCUUCUACACCUGGGAGGAGAUCCAGAAGCACAACCUGAGGACGGACAAGUGGCUGGUGAUAGAGCGCAAGGUGUACAAUAUCACCAAGUGGGCAAACAGACACCCGGGGGGCCACCGAGUGAUCAGCCACUGCGCCGGCGAAGAUGCCACGGAUGCCUUCCAAGCCUUUCAUAUCAAUCCCACCUUGGUGCGAAAGUUUCUCAAGCCAUUACUCAUCGGAGAGCUCGCUCCAGGGGAACCCAGCCACGACCGAGACAAGAAUUCCCAGCUGGUGGAGGAUUUCCGGACCUUGAGGAAGACAGCGGAGGAUAUGAACCUAUUCAGAGCAAGCCCUUGGUUCUUCUCCCUUUACUUGGCCCAUAUCAUUGCAAUGGAAGCUUUGGCUUGGUUAAUGGUUUCACACUUUGGUACCGGCUGGAUCACAACUCUCAUCCUUGCCUGCAUCCUUGCGACUUCCCAGGCCCAGGCAGGGUGGCUGCAACAUGACUUUGGACACCUUUCUGUCUUUAAGAAGUCCGUGUGGAACCACAUAGUCCACAAGUUUGUGAUUGGGCACCUGAAGGGUGCCUCUGCAAACUGGUGGAACCACCGUCACUUCCAACACCAUGCCAAGCCCAACAUAUUCAUGAAAGACCCAGAUGUGAACAUGCUGCAUAUUUUCGUCCUCGGAGAUUCGCAGCCUGUUGAGUAUGGCAAGAAGAAGCUGAAGUACCUGCCUUACAACCAUCAGCACGAGUACUUCUUCCUUGUCUUCCCACCUCUGCUCAUCCCUGUGUAUUUCCAAAUCCAAAUCAUCUCGACCAUGAUCAGGCGCAGGUUCUGGGCGGACCUGCUCUGGGCUAUUAGUUACUACAUGCGCUACUUCAUCACGUACAUCCCAUUCUAUGGCGUUCUGGGAUCCCUGUUUCUCCUCACUUUUGUCAGGUUUCUGGAGAGUCACUGGUUUGUGUGGGUCACCCAGAUGAAUCACAUUCCAAUGGAAAUUGAUAGUGAGAAGCACAGAGAUUGGCUCAGUUCUCAGCUGGCAGCCACCUGCAAUAUUGAGCAGUCCUUUUUCAAUGACUGGUUCACCGGGCACCUGAAUUUCCAAAUCGAGCACCACUUGUUUCCAACGAUGCCACGCCACAAUUUCUGGAAGGUUAAACCUUUGGUGAAGUCAUUAUGUGCCAAGUAUGGAGUCCAAUAUGAAGAGAAGUCUCUUGGGAAAGCAUGCAUAGACAUCGUUGGGUCCCUAAAGAAAUCUGGAGAUCUCUGGCUGGAUGCUUACCUCCAUAAGUGAACUUGAAUCUUAAUGGGGAGAUGUGAGUGCCAGGGAGGGGUGGGGGGGGGAAGGGAGGGGGUGAUCACAUGCGUGUCUUUCACUAUCAGAUUUCAGUCUGUAUCCAUGUGCACAGUUUGAGAGGAGUUUCCUGUCUUGUGAACUGUUACUGGGAUGGGCUCAGACAACCCGUUUAAUCCGGACAGAUUGAAAAAUGUGCUUGGCAUAGUCUUCAAAGAAACGCAACACCUUCACUGCACUAAAACAGAUGGAAGAGGGGGAGAGGAUGGAGAAAAGGAGCAUUUUAAAAGGGGCACGAUAUCCAACCCUCCUUCUCUCCACCAGGAAAAAAAAAUUACUAGUAUAAUUCUAGCUCUACCUAAAAGCCCUUGAUUCACAGACCAGUGUCAUUUCUCAGGCUUCGGAGAACCUCUGCACCUGACUGCUAUUUGCAGUCCGAGGACACCCAAGUCAGUUUAUGCUUCUUUUCUCUUUCCCUAAGAUUGCUUAGAGCCGCUUCUUUUUGCUAUUAAGGAAAACUAAAACAGUCCCCGAUCAUCACCAUGAUAGGAAACUCAGGUGGGCUGCGCUCCCUGGCAUCCUGCCUGCGGAAAUCACACUCCACCGGGAUCAGCAGGUGCUAUAUCGCGUGGCUAUGUCGGUGCCCGCAGCCCUACUGCAGCUUUGCUGGAGUGUCCGUUUGUCCUGCCGUCUUUCUCUCUCUAAUCAUAGCAUUCGCUUUAGCAAAGGUUGUGAUAUGGACCCUGCACCACUAACGUCCCACUGCCACUCGGCGAGGGUUUUAAUACAGGACUGCACCCACAGCUGUAUUUUUGCGGCCAGCUGCUAUUUCCCAGGGGCUGCAGAAGAGCUGCGGGCUGAAGCACCAAGCUGUCUCCGUUGGGGAGAGGGACUGUUUUCCUUCCCUAAUGAGCAGCGGGUCUGGCUUUACGAGGCCCUUUAGCAGCACUAUGCUCAUCAGCAACUUGCAUGCAAAACACAAACAAGUCACAUAGGGCAAGCCUUACCCGUUGCCCACGAAUUCUUUGCAAUGCUCCAGUGUAACCACAAAUGGCCUUCUUUUACCUGAGGAGAGGCAGCGGGCAACAGGCUGCAAAAACACCUUGGGCAGUGUGCUGCAAAAACACGCAGCUCUGCCUGUUUGCUCACGCCCAGCAGAAGAAACCAACCGUUUCUGCUUUUCAGAGGCCAGCAGCAAUGCCCUGUAAAGGUCUUGCGAACAAGGACCAAAGAAAAGAAGUUCUUUCUAGGAAGGAAAAAAAAAAAGAAAAGAAAAGAAAAAAAAAAAAAAAAAAGGAGCUGCACCCCCCAUUCAGCCCAGCCCCCAGGCCCUUUCGGGGAGACAGCUGAGAACAGGAUUGACCAGGCUGUGCUGGUGAUGUGGACCCUUCUCUAGAAACCUCUUAGGAUUUGUCUAAAAUUCUGUUUUCUGCCCAAUAUCUAAUUACCAAAAUCCGCUUGGCCAAUCUAAUGGCUCAUCCAGGGGUGCAGCUGAGCAGCUAUUUCUCUAACAGGGAACCUAAUCCAAAGCCCACUCCAGCUAAGGAGUGGGCUUUAGGGGGCUUUAGUUUAAAAUGUAAUACAGUAGAAAAGAGACAAACAUAUUCUUUAGUUUAUGAUAAGGGGCUAUGAUUUCCAAAACAGUCCCUAACUCCAGAAAACUUCAGAAAAAUGUAUUCCCAGCCCUCAGUUUUGGAAAAUGAGAUUACUGUGUUUGCAGACUGGAGAGUCAUAGGCAGGAUUAUCACUUAACCUAGCUACUGAUACUUAAGGUUUGUAAAGGGUUUAUCAUUUUGGUGUUCUUGCAUACCUCUAAGGUAACAAAACCUAAAUGUCACCAGGAAUGGUGUUAUCGUCACGGGGUGUCUGAAGCUCAACCAGACUUUGAACAGUCUUUAUAGAUGAUUUCUAAUAGCAUAAAUUAUAAUAGCCUUCCGGAUGCUGUAACUUCUCAGACGGGUAGUAACGGGCUAGUUUGGAACGGUGGCUAACACUCUUAUGACUGCCUUAAUGUCUCCAUCUCCUUCUGACUCCCUGAAUGUAUCUCUGUCACUGCACCAGCCUGGGACAACCACAAAAACACUGUAGGAUCAGCAAUGUUACCUUCUAAAUGUUCAGCUUAUUUUUCUGACAGUUCUUUUUUUUUUUCCACUCCUCCAGUCCUUGUUCCCAGAGCAAACCUCUUCUGAAUGCAGGUGCCUCUUCCUCAUUAGCUCUGUCCCCCCUUCCCCCCCCCCCCCUACUUUUCUUCUUGGGAAAUUGUUUGCCUUUUAACACUUAGAGAAGCUGCAGGAGACUGGCAGCUUCAGCAGCUUGGCUUGCUGCUUGCCACUGACCAGUCUACUGGAAGGACUGUUUUUUUUACUAAAAGAACAAGUUUCCAACUCAAUAGCCUGGCCUGGCAGCACCUGGGAGAUAGCAGCUACAACCGAGGAUGCCUGAAAGACUUUGAAACAUUCCAGGAGAGCAACCACGAUGGCACGAUCUGCAGCAUGAAAGGCAAGCUCUUCACCUAAUGGGCAUUUUUUUCCCCCCAUGACUUUAGCACAAGAUAUCAAAGGGAAGAAAGGGGGACAGAAGAGAGCAUGAUAUUAGCUCUCCCUUGUGCUCCCAGACCAGCUACUUUGCUUCUUUCAGACCCUCGAAAAAUUCCUUUUUGGUGAAGAAUGUUCAGUUGCCAAAAUCCAUAAAUAAAAAAAAAGAAAGAAAGAAAAAUGCAAUGUUAUAGCCAGAAGUGAUUUCCAAAUGUCAUGUAUUGUUCUUGCUGUUGCAAGAUGAAAACAUCCUUUCUGCAAAGAAGAGCAGGUCACCAGCCCUUCGUAACUGGCAGUGUAUUCUUCUUAUUCAUUGUACUUCUGUACCCAGAAAGUUUGUCUUGUGAAAGUGUAAGAUGCUGGUUACUCUGUCAGACGAAGCCUCUCUGGCAGCCUUGCUCAUAUAGUUUUGUUCCCUCUUAAUAACCCAGCCCGCUAUCUCUAAAUUUGUUUUAGACACACCUUGAUAUGCAAGUUCUCCAUGCAUUAACUGGAGCAAGUCCAAGGGAUCCCUGACAAAGAGCCCUGGAAGCCUGCAGAAACCCGCUGUGUUAUAACCCCAAGUAGCACCACACUAAUACCCCAUUUAACUAGAGAUGUUCUGGAAGUUUUACUGAAACUGCAAAUGUAAGCCGUAGGUAGAUGUAAAAGUCCAUAUGACCUGGCUGGGCUUUGGCCCCAGCGGGGACAAGAUGCAGCAAUUCCAGAUGAGCAGCCCUUCGCAGGCUCCAAUUAGCCAUCAAAAGGGUAUAAAACAUAGAAAUUUAAGCACGGUUUUGCCCCAGCUUUCUCACAGCCAAUUAGUUCUCCUCUGAAAAGGGAGAAGGUGAAAUCUCUACAGCUUUCUCUCUUGAUACAGGUCAUUCUUUUGCCCUGCAACAAGACAAACACACACAAAAAAAAAAUCUCUAAAACAUGCUUGGAGCUUGUCAGAGCUUGCAGAUAAACCCAGCUGAAUCACAGCACCGGCUACAUGAGCCCUUGGCAAUGGACAGAGGCUGUGGGUAGGAAACACACAGUUGUUUUGGGUCAGAUAAUGAAACAACAGGCAGGAAAGGCCUGGCUUUGCUUCUCUCGCAUCACUCCUUAGCAAGGCUCCUGGGGGAAGUUAGAGGACCAGCACAUUCAGAGACAUUUGGCAGAGAAAAGUUUUCAUUUAAGCAAGUGCGAGGAAGGCAACAAAAGCCUCUGGGCAGGAAAGAGAGAGGGCAUGUGUUUUUUAGGAGGAGGAGUACGGAGCUGGGGAAAACACACGAAGGACCAGGCUGGGGAGGAGAGCAUGACAGCAUGGGAGAAAAAAAACACCACGGGGAUGCGCAGAGAAGAAAAAGCAACUUGAAACCAGCUGCCUCAUUCUCCCAUUCUCUGUUAGGAUCUAGCUGGACAACAGCUUAGGCUAGACACACUGGUUUUGCCCAGAUGCCCAAGGCAAAAAAGGACAGAGCACUGGCUCAGGGCAAACAGCAAAGACCAGCUGCAGCUACAGCAGGAGACAUCACUAGACGUCUCAUGGCAAGCUAGAUUUUGCACCGAUUCCUGCUCUUAGAGCAGGGCCAGGACAGGUUUAACACAUACGGUGCCUUUCAAUAGCAUGUUUCCGUCCCCUGCAAAGCACGGGCUUCUCCCACAUCCUGGCUAAACUGGGUUAGCCUAGAUCCUCGGCCAACAAAAAUUAGUUUAAUGCCAUGGCUCUGUGCCAGCUUAGUGAACCAGCAAGAGGUCUCGCCUCCUGUUUUCAGGGAGAGGCACAAGGAGAGCAAGACACCUUGCACAGAGAUUUUCUUCUUCGCAUGCAUUUGCAGAGCCUGAGAGCCCAGCUCCUCACUGAAAUAGGGCUUGGGAGGCUCAGAGCACCAGCAGAGCUUCGCAUCUCCAGAUACCUUCACUCCUGGCUGCAGGGCAGAGUGGAGGACUCAUUCUCUUCUAGGAGCAGGCUGACCAAAUCUCAAGUCUCCAUUAGAACAAAAGUGUCCUUUCCUGUAAGGAACUGUCCUGUCUUAACCAUGGCCUCUUCUAACAGAUGCUUUUCCAAGAAACCCACCCUAACAGAGCCCUAACACUUUGGAUGUUUUCUAGCUGUUUAGACCUCAAAACCACGUUUCUCAUAGGACAGCUCCUGAUUAUUUCAUUCUUAAAAAAAAAAAAAUCAGUAACUCAGAAGGAACUAUUUUUUCUAGUGUAUUCUAUUGCUCAAUAAAAUCAUAACUAUUUGUUGGUCAUAAAAA